AUGUCAGAGAGGGAUCACGAUGAAAAAUCUGUGACUGCUGAGGGGCCGGCUGCAGCGCAGGAGGGCAGCGAUAAUGACUCCAAUGGGGAGGGGGAGCACGCGAACUACAUCAAGACAGACCUAGGCGAGAUGAACGUUAUCGAGUCCAUGUGCCCCAAGUGUCAGGAGACUGGCACGACGCGCCUCAUGAUCACGAAGAUUCCCCACUUUAAGGAGAUCAUUGUCAGCAGCUUCAACUGCCCGCACUGCGACGAGAGCAAUAACGAGGUCACGUUUGGAGGCACCUUUGGCCCGAAGAAGGUUCGCUACGAACUGCAGGUGAAGAGCAAGAAGGACCUCGACCGGCAGGUGGUCAAGUCGGAAUUCGCCACUGUUACGGUCCCGGAGUUAGAGCUGGAGAUCCCGCCUGAGUCGCAGAAAGGCAGCUUGACGACUGUCGAGGGCAUCUUGGAGCAGACAUACUACGGCCUUCAGCUUCAGCAGCCGCUGCGCAAGAUUCAGCACCCGGAGGUGUGCGAGAAGAUCGAGGCGUUUUGCGUGAAGUUGGAGUCCCUUCGUAGCGGUGAUGUGCCUUUCACCCUCACUCUCGACGACCCGGCAGGCAAUAGCUACAUUGAACCGCUCCACGACUACUACCACCCCACUCUCGACCAGCAGCUUACCAAGUACGAAACUGAGCGUACCGACAUUGACCGCCAGCUGCUCGGCAUCCCCAUCGACUACAAUACGGAGCGCACACAGGAGGAGGAGAGGGAUGUGGCGGAGGGCCAGUUCAGCGAUGUGACGCAGAUUCCGUGCGACUGCCCCGCCUGCCGCAAGGCGGGCUAUCUCAUGAUGCACGAGUGCGACAUCCCGUACUUCAAGCAAACAAUUAUUAUGGCGUUCAAGUGUGACUACUGCGGUUACAAGAGCAACGAGAUCAAGACGGGCGGCGAAAUCAACGCAAAGGGGCUUCGGCUUACCCUGCACGUCAAGUCGGAAGAUGAUCUCAAGCGUGACGUGCUCAAGUCCGAGACGGCCACGCUGAUAAUCCCUGAGGUGCACCUCGAGCUGUCGCCUGGCACCUUGGGCGGCUUUUUUUCCUCUGUCGAGGGUACCAUCUCUCAGGUGCGCGACCAGCUCAACAGCCUGCCGCAGGCCGCCUUCGCCGUUGGGGACUCGGCUGACGACAACUCGAAGACACUGCUUCAGUUUGUGAAGGAGCUAGACGAGCUACUGGCGCUCAAGAUGGAGUUCACCUUCAUCCUCGAUGACCCCCUUGGGAAUGUGUACAUUCAGAACCCCCGCGCCCACCUGCCUCCACCGGAUGACGCGGACCCCAAGCUGGAGAGCGAGGAGUACAUCCGUACCGAGGAGCAAGACGAGGAGCUGGGUAUUUCAGCUAUGUGCCGUAACGAGCAGCAUGCUGACGUUGCGGAGGUGGAGGAUCCGGAGCAGGAGAACAGGGAAUGA